AGCAUCGCGGACAAACCCUCUGCAAAACUUACAGCCGAAGCGGGAAGCCUACGGAAACAAAAUGCAGAAUUGGAGAACGAAGUGCAGAAUUUAAGAAAACGGACACAGGACCUACAAAUUCAGGUGGAUCAACUAACCUACGAACUGGAAAGCCUCAACAAAUCCUACGACGAGGAAAUGAAGAAGCGUGUUCAGCUAGAGAGCUCAAUUACCAAACAAUCUGCAACUAUGGAAUAUUCACAAACUCUUUCAGCGGAGGUGGACGAGUUGAAUUUGACUGUAAAACAUUUGGAAAGUGAACUUGAAAGAAAGAACUCUCAGAUCGAGCAAUUGACACAGCAGUUGGAUCAAACAGUCAAGCUGUCCCAGCUAGCCACUGUUUCGGGCACCGACAGAGAUGCUUUUGUGACCGAACUCAAAUUAAGCCUCCAACGCACUCAGCAGGCCCUUGAUGCCGCCAAUGAUCAAAAUCGGGUUCUACAGGCUCGGAAUGAGUCGGCGCUUCUUGAAUCUCAACAACAACACCUCAUUCAAAGGCUAUUAAAGUCCCUUUGCACCCUGUAG